AUGGCACGUAUGAAAUUUCUCGCCAUAGGAGCUUUGCUUCCAGUCGUGCAGACACGCUCUCUCAGCGCCGAUGAACGCGCGCAAGCGGUGGUAGAUGCAUUUCGAGUCUCGUGGGACGGGUACUACAAGUACGCGUUUCCAAAUGACGAGCUCAACCCACUUGAGAACGGAUCAAGCAAUUCGAGAAAUGGUUGGGGUGCCAGUGCCAUUGACGCACUCAGCACUGCGCUGAUCAUGGGCGAGAAGCAGAUUGUCAAUCAAAUUCUCGACCAUGUCCCCAAGAUCAACUUCGGCAAGACUGACAGCGACGUCAGUCUUUUCGAGACUACAAUUCGUUACUUGGGUGGAUUACUCUCAGGUUACGACUUUCUAACUGGGCCGUUAUCGGAUCUUGCGGACAAUAAAGCAAAUGUUGAUGCUCUCUUAGCACAGUCCAUCAACUUGGCCAACAACCUCUCCUAUGCAUUCGAGACCCCUUCAGGCGUACCAUGGAACAUUCUCAACUUCGCGAAUCGCUCGAACGAUGGGUCAAACAACGGCCUCGCCACUGUUGGCACGCUUGUUCUCGAAUGGGUUCGACUGGCCGAUCUGUCGGGAAACAAGACGUAUGCCGAACUCACAGAGAAGGCAGAGAGCUAUCUUCUGAAUCCCAAGCCCGCAUCUUCAGAGCCAUUCCCUGGUCUACUAGGCAUGAAUAUCGAUGUCGCCACGGGCAACUUCGUCGACGCCCGUGGCGGCUGGGUUGGAGGCGCUGAUUCCUUCUAUGAAUACCUCAUUAAGAUGUACGUCUACGACCCAGCCCGCUACGAACUCUACCGCGACCGCUGGAUCGUCGCCGCAGAUAGCACUAUCAAGCACCUCACCUCGCACCCAUCCUCCCGCCCCGACCUCACCUUCCUCGCCAUGUAUGAUGGCACGAAGCUCAACCUCGUCUCCCAGCACCUCGCCUGCUUCGACGGCGGAAACUUCAUCCUCGGCGGCCAAGUCCUCGGCAAGAAAGAAUACAUUGACUACGGCCUGGAGCUCGUCAACGGCUGCCACGAGACAUACGUCGGCACCGCGACGGGCAUCGGCCCCGAGAUCUUCGGGUGGAACGCCUCGCUCGUGCCACAAGGCCAGGAGGCGCUGUUCAAUAAAUCGGGGUUCUACAUCACAAACGCGGGAUACCAGCUCCGGCCCGAGGUCAUCGAGUCGUUCUACUACGCCUACCGCGCCACUGGGGACACAAAGUACCAGGAUUGGGCGUGGAGUGCGUUCGAGGCGAUCAAUGCUACGACGAGAGUUGGCAGCGGGUAUAGUAGUAUUAGUAACGUGAAUGUACCAGGCGGUGGCAGUUUCACGGAUUUCCAGGAGAGCUUCUGGUUUGCGGAGGUUCUGAAGUAUAGUUAUCUGAUCCAGGCUCCGGAUGCUGAGUGGCAGGUGGAUGAAGCGGGGAAGAACAAAUGGGUGUUCAAUACCGAAGCGCAUCCGUUCAAGGUGUUUGGAAAGUAA